UAGUUACCAAAUCAAAGAUGGCGGAAGAGGAGCCUCUAGAGGGAGGCGCAAAGGCUAAUAAUGUCAUUGGUGGAAUUACGGCUGCUUCACAGUGGGAGGAAUGACAGCAUCCCAGUUUCCGGUUCCGGCAGUACCGGGGUCCCAGCCGAGAUGAAGGAAGAUGCGAACUGGGUUUGGCUGUCGCUGGGACUGGUUGGUAGUGCGGGUGCUGCGGUCUAGGAGUCCCAGUCUCAGACGCGGCUAAACCGCCGGAGUCUGAGAAGGUAAGCGACCACGGUGCUUGGGUGCCUUGAAGGAUCAGAGUUACCUAAGGAUCGACUUGUCGAGGAGGCAGCGGUUGUCUGUUUGCUCUGCGGGGCUGCAUCGCCAUGGGAAGCCGCUCUGCAGUUUGGGCAACGAAAGGCAAGUCCCUCGAGGCAUCUCGUCCUGGCAGAGGAGCAUGAGAGACUGACAGCUAGAGAAGCAUGGCGAGGGGCAUGCCCGAGGACCCUGAAUUGGCAGUGCAAGAGCCAGACAGAAGGUCUCCGGGCAACAUGGAGGGCAAGCGGAACAUUCAGAUCAUCGAGUGGGAGCACCUGGACAAGAAGAAGUUCUACGUGUUCGGUGUGGCUAUGACAAUGAUGAUCAGGGUCAGCGUGUACCCGUUCACCCUCAUCCGCACCCGCCUGCAGGUCCAGAAGGGCAAGAGCCUCUACCAUGGGACCUUUGAUGCCUUUGUCAAAAUCCUUCGAGCAGAUGGAGUGACUGGCCUCUACCGGGGAUUCCUGGUGAACACCUUCACACUCAUCUCUGGCCAGUGCUAUGUUACCACUUACGAGCUUACCCGGAAAUUUGUAGCUGACUACAGCCAGAGUAACACAGUCAAAUCACUGGUAGCCGGUGGCUCAGCCUCCCUCGUGGCCCAGAGCAUCACGGUGCCCAUUGAUGUUGUCUCCCAGCAUCUGAUGAUGCAGCGCAAGGGUGAGAAAAUGGGUCGGUUCCAAGUGCGUGGGAACCUAGAGGGACAAGGGCUGAUUGCCUUUGGCCAAACUAAAGACAUCAUCAGGCAGAUCCUGCGGGCUGAUGGGCUUCGAGGCUUCUACCGGGGCUAUGUGGCCUCACUGCUAACGUAUAUCCCAAACAGCGCGGUUUGGUGGCCCUUUUACCACUUCUAUGCAGCUGUCGCGCCUGUGCCCUCAGGAGUGCCCUCACAUUGUCUUUCAAGCCAUCUCUGGGCCCCUGGCUGCAGCCACUGCCUCCGUCCUCACCAAUCCCAUGGAUGUCAUCAGAACCCGUGUGCAGGUUGAAGGCAAGAGCUCCAUCAUCCUGACCUUCAGACAGCUGAUGGCGGAAGAGGGGCCUUGGGGCCUCAUGAAGGGCCUCUCAGCCCGAAUCAUCUCGGCUACACCCUCCACCAUCGUCAUCGUGGUGGGCUACGAGAGCCUCAAGAAACUCAGCCUGCGACCCGAGCUGGUGGACUCAAGACACUGGUAGCAAGCGGUGGAUGGAGAGGCUAUGGUUUCACACAUUACUCUGGGCCAGGACAAAGCAGGGAAGAUAACUACCCCUGUAAAUGCCACCACCACUCACCCAUCCUGCUCCAAGCCAGGUGGCCUAUCAGGGACAAAAGAAGAGACUUUGGACUGCCCUUCUGCAGAGGUUCUGUGCCUGGCUUCCCUGAUUCCCAUAAUUUUAUUUCUCCUGCAUAUCUGGGCCCCUCUCUUGGUCCUUGUACUCAGUCAUGGCCUGAAGAUCAACCGCCACAGGACCCUGUUAGCCCCUCACUGGUGCCCCACUUUUUGUCCUCCCCUCAGGCCUGGAGAAGAGCUGCUCAUAGUUUGCUUGUCCCCUGCUUCUUCCUCUUGAGUCUUUAGGCCAAGGCUCUACAUAGCUGCCCAUGAUCUCUUUUUUUUUUUUUUUUUGGUUCUUUUUUUCGGAGCUGGGGACCGAACCCAGGGCCUUGCGCUUCCUAGGUAAGCGCUCUACCACUGAGCUAAAUCCCCAGCCCCUCAUGAUCUCUUUUUUUAAUGCUUAUUUUAAAAUUGGGACUGAGUUGUUCACUGGGUUCCAAUGCUUCACCCUGCCUUUCGGGGAUGAACCGAAGCAGCACACGCUGUGCAGGGCGUUCAUCUUCUCUGGGAGUUACUCGGAGGGAGAAAUGCUAGGGCUUUAGGUGUGUGUAGUUGAACAUCUGUGAAUGAGCCGACUCAUCCUGAUAGCUCAGUUUGCUGUCAGACCCCACUCCUCGGAGAAGUGGAAAACUGUGACACCAAUCCCAGUUCUCUCUCCCCUCCUUGUCCCUUCAGGCCUGGGAACCUACUGAUAGAAUGAGCUGCUGCUUUCAUUGGCCAGGUGACUACAGUAGUGGGCACAGUUGCAAGCAGAUCAGACUUACUCGAGUAUACUGAACACUGCCCUGAAGCCAGGUUCAGAGAGCCUCUGGCUUGGAACGUAACAAGAGGAUGUGUGUUCCUCACUCCUAUCUCCCCAGGCCAGCUGAGCCAAGCCCAGAGGCGCCAAGGAAGUUCUGAGCCCUAGGCAGCAAUGCCACAGGCAUACAUGUCACUCAAAUGAAUAGUGACAGGCAUCUCACAGUGGGGCUCUGGAAUAUGAACUGUCCUUGUUUUGUUUAUCCUUGGUUGUGAAGUGUCAUCCCAGUCAUGAUACCCUGUGCUGGCAACAGAAAAAAACAAAACAAAACAAAACAAAAAAAAAAACAGUCAGGAAGGCACCCAAGGCCAGGUCCACCUGGUCACCAGCCUCAUACUGCCAAAAUCAUUGAUGCUCCCCUCAGGAGCUGCCCUCUUCCCUGCCUCCUCUGAGCCUGUGUUGGCGGCAGAGGGGCACAGCUCAAGGAAUGGGAAAAAAGGCAGGCAAAUCUUGCUGUUUGGCCUGGGCGAUGCUUUCAACCUUACCUAUGGUCUCAUGCCUUGGGAAAGGCCAUGGUGCCAAUUUGGAAGGUGCUAGCUAACUGAAGCCUUCGUGUUUCUCACGGCUGCUCCACAUCUUCUGUCCUGACUAGACCCAGUCUCUCACUUACCUCUUCUACUGCUCAUUGUAGUCUAUAUUCGUUUCCUUUUGGUCCUCUUCUUUUAUUUGUCUCAGUAUUUUGGUUGUUUUUUGAGACAGGAUCUCAUAUCCCAGGCGGGGUUUGAAUUCACUAUGUAGCAAAGGAUAACCUUGAACCCACUUCCUGCACUUUACUGAGAGAGCCCUUCAGUCUUGCCCAUAGUCAUCUGAAGAGUGGAGCCCACAGAACAUUUCAAAUCCUUUUGUUCCUCACCCCUACCUUAAGAGCUGUCAAUACAACGGAGCAAGGGCCCCUUUUAAGCUUUUGCUAUGGAGAACUUUGUGACUGGAUGUCUCUCUGCUCUUCUUUGGUCAGAGUGUGGACAUAAGGCUCCUGCCUUUCAUGCCUUAGGUUACUUCGUCCCGACUUGAUUUUCUUGUCCUUUUUCCCUUUCCUUCCUUCCCCUUGUUUGAAAGGACUAUGGAUGUAAAGGUAAAAGCAUCCCCCAUGAGACCCCUACUUUCCCAAGGUCCAGGUACUAGGAUUGGCCUUGGGGAAGAUGGGCCAGCGGGCGGUCAUUUUUCCAAAACUGGAGACCAAAACAGCUAGAAAUUUUGACCCUUGAUCCAUAACACAAAUUAGCAACUCAAGGCAGGAAGACAGAAACGCAAGAUAGGAAGACUGGAUGAAGGCACAUUGGAAAGAAAAUGCACAUUCAGCAUUAGAUAGAAAUGGACUUUCGAGGAUAUUAGCUGCGAAUAUUCACUGUUGCACUGUAUGAAAUGUAAUUAAAAGUUUUUAUUGAGCCCCUAAA